UCUUCUCCUCUUUGUUUUUGUUUUUGUUUUCAUUUUCUCCAAUCCAAGGAUUUACGUAAGGAACUGUACAGGAGAUUUACAGGUCAUGUGCAAAUGCUCGUCAGGGUGUUUUCCAUUUGUAGUGUUUUUGAAAUGAUGCGAGAAGUUAUACGAGUAGAUUUGAUAUUGUAUAAGGGAUAGUUAUGGAUGUGCUUUAACAUGUUUUGGAUUUGAAAUAUUUUGAAUGCAUAAAAUUGAUGUUUUGUUCGGAUAUCUUUGGAUGUUAAGAUUAGUAUGUGUAAGUUGUAAUAAAUGAUUUGGUUGACAAAGUUUAUAAAUUUAGAAAUGGAUAUGUAUAUACGGAGGCAUUUGUUUAAAUGUCCAAAAGUAUCGCAAGAGUAGUUCUUCUUUAUGCGACACUUUGUCCUGUUCAUCCAUAUAAAAUGAGUCAAGUUUGGAAAUUACAAAACUGUUUAGGCAAUACUUGUCAUGUUCACUUAUGCAGAUGAUUCCAACAUGGGAAGUUUUAUAUGACUGCUUGUAAUAGCAGCAGUGUUGCGAUCUUUCGGGUCCUCUGCUUUCAUUUGUUUAAUGUCCAGUGUGUGCCUAAUUACGUCAAAUUCGCCCCUAUUUUACUGUAUCAAUUAUACUUGAGGCAUAGUCAUGCAACUGCUAAGUUUUUGGAUAAUUUGUUCUCUUUCAGUUUUCAAUGCAAUGUGUGUUAGCUGGUAGUUCUUGCAAAAGUCUUGUCAUGUUCCUUGUGAAUAGAACAUAUAAUGUUGCAGCGAUUUCCAGAGUUUAUGUUCAUAUUUUAUUCAUUCCAUUGUAUUGUUCUUUAGAUUACUUACUACAUUUUGAUCAGAACUAGGUUCGGAUUAGAGUGAAUGAAAUCAUGUGCGUAAUUUAAUUUGAACUAGAUAGAAGUGUAUGUAUAGAUGUAUUGCGAAUUGAGCUUAAAAACUUACUUUAAGUGAGCUUUUGAGAUUUUAAAAAUUAUGAGUUCUUUAAAUGUUAGAAGAAUGUCCUUGUAGUCCCACACUUCUUGUUUUUCCUUGAAACUCUUGGUAUAUUUGGUUAUGGAUGAUUUACAAAAAGAAGAAUUGUAUCUCUGCUUAAGGUUUAGAAAAGCUAAUUUUGAUGCCCAUCCACACACCAUUGAGCAAACAUAGCAUGAGACCUUGAUCUUUUCUGUUUAUCAUUUGUCUCUAUUGCUUUGAAUUUUUGUAAUGAUAUAUCCAAGUUAUCAUUUCCCGAGGCACUUGCAGUCAGCCGGGGAGGCCCAAAAUUUAUAAACUCAUUGAGAUGAAACUAUAGCCUUUCCUACAUAUAGAGACAACAUAAUUAUCCUUCCCUAUAGUUGUUGCAAUUUAUGUAUGUUCCUUUGUGAUAUUUCAGUCAGUUAACUAGUUUAUAUAAUUACAGCAUCUUUGGAUUCUUCGGCACAAACAGGAAAUGUGAAUGGAUUGGAUUGGACCCCCAUCCAUUCCAUUCCCUCAUUCAUUGUAUUCUAUUACCGCAGUGCCCUCUCAACUGGAUCUUCGUUCUUACUCGAGGGUUGCUGCUGUUGCUGCCAUUCAUUUUAGCAGGUUCACUUGCUACCGCAAGCAAGCAAGUUAAUUCUUGAUCUCAGAAUCCUCUGUUUGAUGUUGUAGCUGAUGUUCUUAUCAAUGCAGCUUUAGUUCUGGGAGGUGAUGCAACACUAAGAAUUCUCUGCAUGAAGCUUAUUGAGGUGGAGCUAAAGACAUGAUUGCAAUUGGUUCAUUGAGUUUAUUGUAAAAAAACAAAGAAAAUCUCGCAACUGCAGUCCCAAUAGAAUAUAAAUGCGACAUGAGUAUUACGCGGUCUUGGAUGUACAAUAGAAUGCAAAAUGGUAUUCUGAAUAGGGAUUUUAUUGUUGGGGUAGACAAUUUUCUUAAGUACUGUAUGACCAGUCCAGAGGUGUAUCGGAUCGAUGGUAACAUAAGAUGUCCAUGUAAGCGUUGCAAAAAUAUCAGAUUUCUUCCUUUCGAUGAUGUGAAAUACCACUUGUACUCAAGAGGAUUCGUUCGUUUUUAUGAAAGAUGGACAUGUCAUGGUGAAGAGCAUGACGGGAGUGGUAGCUCUAAUCAAUCAAACAGACAAGUACCAGAAAGUUCUGUUGAACCUACAAUGGGUGAUUACACCCAAAUGGUGAUGGACGCUGGAGGUCCCAAUUUUGAGGCACGUGUUGUGGAAGCUGAAGAACCGAACCCAGAUGAUAAGAAAUUAUAUGACCUUCUCAGUGCGGGUGACAAGGAGUUAUGGGAGGGUUGCACAAAGGCAACUUUAUUAUCCGCUGUGGCGAGGAUGCUAACUAUCAAAGCAGAUUUUAACUUGUCUGUGCGAUGGUAUGAUGCAUAGUGCCAGCUAAUGCACGAUAUCAUGCCAGAGGACAAUUGUUUCGUGAAGAAUUUUUAUGAAACAAAAAAAUUGAUUGAGGGUUUGGGAUUGCCGACACAAAAGAUUGACUGUUGUCAGUUGGGAUGUAUGUUAUUCUGGAAAGAAGAUGAGUGCUUAGAGUGUUGUAAGUUUUGUGAAAAACCACGUUAUCAAGUAAAAAAUGGGCGACGGAGGCCGAUACGGUACAUGUUUUACUUGCCCAUCACACCAAGGUUGAAACGUCUAUUUGUAUCUACAAGGACGGCUUCGUAUAUGCGGUGGCAUGCGGGUCAUCAUCAUGAAAGUGGACAUGUGUUCUGCCACCUGAGUGAUACGAAUGCUUGGAAGCAUCUCGAUGCACUAUUUCCCUCUUUCGGAAUGGAGACAAGGAAUGUACGUUUAAGUCUUUGCACCGAUGGAUUCCAACCAUUUGGACAAUCAGGAAGAUAAUAUUCUUGUUGGCCCAUAGUUGUGACACCGUACAACCUUCCCCCAAAUAUGUGCCUGAAAGAUGAAUAUUUGUUUCUUUCUGUCGUAGUACCGGGUGGUGCAAAUCCAAAACAAAAGAUUGAUGUAUAUUUGCAGCCACUUAUCGAGGAGCUGAACAUGCUAUGGUGCACUGGAGUUGAAACAUUUGAUGCAUCUCGUGGACAAAAUUUUAUCAUGAAAUCUGCACUAUUAUGGACAAUAGGUAAAAAUAUGCACAUUUCUCUAUAAGUAAUUGUCCUUAAAUUUUAUGUUAAUAAUAAAACUAAUUUUUCUAGGUGAUCUACCUGCCUAUUCGAUGAUGUCUGGGUGGGGGACCUCUGGAAAGACUGCUUGCCCGAUAUGUCAGGAACAAACACUGGCUUUCACUCUAUUAAAUGGUUGCAAGCAGUCGUUGUUUGAUGCUCAUCGUAAGUUUCUUCCCCAGAAUCACCCGUACCGUUUUGAUCGAAAGAAAUUUAAAAAAAGGAAUUACCGACUUCAAUCCCCCGCCGCAUAUCAAAACGGGAGUGGAACAACUCCAAGAGAUAAAUGGUUAUGGGUUUCUGAAAGUAACAAAGUUAGAUGCUACUAAUGUGAAUCAAAGGCUUGCCUGUGUGUGUGGAUGGCAGAAAAGAAGUAUUUUCUGGGACUUACCUUAUUGGAAUGAUUUAUUGGUACGACAUAAUAUGGAUGUUAUGCAUAUUGAGAAAAAUGUAUUCGAGAAUAUAUUCAACACGGUAAUGGAUGUGAAGGGUAAGACAAAGGAUAAUGCAAAGGCACGGGCGGACAUGACAGAACUUUGUGAUAGAAAAGAACUCGAAUAUGACAUUGUCCGUCAAUACUACCCUCCAGCUGCGUAUACAUUGGAUAAACCUCGUAGGAAAGAAUUCCUUACGUGGGUUGAAAAGUUGAAGAUGCCUGAUGGAUAUAUGUCCAACCUCGGCCGAUGUGUGGACAUGACGAAAUAUUGGUUGUUUGGAGUGAAGAGCCACGAUUGUCAUGUCUUCAUGCAAAGGCUCAUUCCAAUUGGGUUUCGAGAGCUCUUGCCUAAGAAGAUUUGGGAGCCACUUACCGAGUUAAGCAACUUCUUUCGUCGGCUUACGUCAAAAGUUGUUACUGUUAGUGAUAUGGAGAUGUUAGAGUCUGAAAUACCCGUGAUCCUUUGCAAAUUGGAGACAAUAUUUGUUCCAGGUUUCUUUAAUAGUAUGGAACAUCUUCCCGUCCAUCUACCACACGAGGUGAAAAUUGCUGGGCCUGCUCAAUUUCGUUGGAUGUAUCCUUUCGAGAGGUUUUUGAAUCGUCUCAAAAGGAUGGUUAAAAAUAAGGCCCAUGUUGAAGGGUCAAUUGUAAAUGCAUAUCUCGUAAGGGAGGCUAGUUUCUUUUGCUCGCACUAUUUUGAAAAACACGUCUAUACGCGUGCGAGGAAUGUUCCUAGACAAGAUGACGGUGGUGCACCUAUUUAUGGAAAUAGUGAUACAUUGCCUGUAUUCAACCAUCCAACCCGAUUGCAAGGCAAACCCAAGAAACGGUUUCUAACUCUUAGAGAACGGAAUGCAAUUCAGACAUACUUUCUCCUGAAUGUCCCCGAAAUAGAUCCGUUCAUAUCGAUCUUUGACAAUGAAUUGAGGCAAUCGAAUCCACGUAUUUCAGAGGUCGAGGUUGUUUCGCAGCUUCAAAAGAACUUUAUAACAUGGUUCUACGAAUAUGCGGAGAACCAACAUGCUUUGUAUUAAAAUUUUCAAGAUAUUGCGCACGGCCCUUUGGUGGAGGUUACCACAUAUCCAAUUUGUUUUAUCAACGGUUACCGUUUCCACACGGAGACACAUGGAUCAAGCAUGUCAACUUAUAACUGCGGGUUUGCGUAGAUGCUGGAGGGUUAGAGUAUUAUGGAAAUAUUCAAGAAAUUAUGGACGUUGAGUUUCAUGCACUACCCAUAAAACGAUGCAUCUUCUUUCGUUGUGAUUGGUUCGAAUCCAACUAGUGGUGUCGGAACAAAGAAGCAUGAAAAUUACAACUUGGUUGAGGUAAACAAACGGAAAAAAUUAUACACUUAUGAACCUUCUAUACUUGGGCUGCAAGCUACGCAAGUCAGCUAUAUUUCAUUCCCAAGUUUGAGAAAGGACAAAGAUGAUUGGUUGGCAGUUUGUCGGGUGAAACCUCGAGGUUGGAUUGAAUUGGUAGACAGAGAAGUGUUCACUUAACCAGAAACUGAGACGUACCAAGAUCCAGUUGUUGAAGCAUGCAUGAUUGAAUCCGUUAGAAUCCGGGAAUCUAUAAAUUUGGUAUCAACAGGUGGCGGAGUUGGUAUACCCUUGCAAAUGUCUGAUGACUCUGAUACAGAGGAAAAAGUCUUUCUUGAGACAUCUAGUUCUGAUGACAAUCAAUUUACUCCUUGAGUUCGGAUGAUGAUGUGCCUUCUGACUAGAUGCCGCAAGGAUCCAAUGAAGAACAACGAAGCCAGAACAUCCGCCGUCUGGCAAGGUCACAAAUAUUGUUGUGGCAGGCGAAAACGCAAGAGGAGCAACAUGAGCCGAGUUUUUCUGAGACCCAAGUAGGAGAAGUGUCAGGUAUGUCUGCAGAUGCUACAUCGGCCGAGAAUACACAUGCUACCACAUCACAUGUUGGAGAUUCUCAAGCGGAUAUUGUUGUUGGAGACGACCCACGUAUCGAAGUGAGAGUCGAGUCGGGUGGGAGCAUCUUCUGGCCACGUGAUGCUUCGAUUAAGUUCCAAGAUGUUUUCAAAUCAAAAUUAGUGAAGGAAGGAAGCAAGUGGCUCUCCGUACUAGAAGAUACACGCCGGUGGUAUACGACUGAGAUGAAGAAGUACAUCAGGUGGGAUCCGGCUCAUGAGGAAAAAGUCAUAAAAAAACUUAAUACUAGGGCACAAGAGGCCUAUAACAAGUGGAUGAGUGAUAUUUGAGGUGGGUGGGAUAAAACCGCACACAAGAUUAUUCCCACUGCGGUGCUCGGUGCAUGGAAAAGGGCUUGGAGCUCCAAUGAUGCACAAAAAAGGUCAAAGACUGCCAAGACUAAUAGACGUCGGGGCAAUUUAGCAAAUAAUCUAGAGUCGACGCAUACCGGGGUAUCACGCUCGUUCAUGGAGACGACAAAAAAGUUGAAUCUUGAGAAAUGGGGAACGUAUGAGUGGGCUCACACGAGGAAGCACGAUAAAAAAUCAUAGUGCAACACGAAGGCUACCCGAGUAGCGGUAUGAAAAUAAUAUGUUUUAAAGCACUAUUUAAAGUAUUGCAUAUAAUUCAUGAAUAUAUUUGUAUUUUUAGGAUGAAAUGAAACAUAUUGAAGAGGGGAUGUCCCAACUUGGGGACAAUGACUAUAGCAUAUGUUUGCUUUUGGUGUUUUCUGAAUUGAUGGAAUGUUUGCUUCAUAUUUUGUUUACUUUUGGUAUUUUUUGAAUUGAUGGAAUGUUUGCUUCA